AUGAGCGCCUCGUGAGUUUCGGCGGCGCCCAAUCGGGGCGGACCGUUCGCUGAGCGUUUCAGAGGCGCCGAGUUCGGAAUCCGCGCGGGCGACGCCAGGAAGCUUGGCAUAUUAAUAGGUGUGAUGGCUGCCCUGAGUGAAGAGUUACAACAUCUAGACAGAAGGACCAAGGAGCUGCUUGAAAUGAUGACAAGAGCCAAUGGGACAGAAAUGCUGAAGCAGAGUCUAGUGAAAGAGGAGCAGAUGCUCACCAAGCUCCGGGAUACUCAAAAGAGCACAGCCCAGCUGCUGAAAGAUCUCAUGGCUGAAGAGGAAAAAAUUGCCCAAAAACUUUGCAGCAGGGAACAGCAGCUGAAUGCAAACCUGCAAAAGCUGCAGAAAAUUGAAGACGAAUUGCUGCAGGCAAAUGAGAAGGCUGCUGAAUUGAGGACCAACACCAACGAUUUAAGAAAAGAACUGGAGGCUUUGAAAGAAGAAAUCAGGCAGAAAGAGAAGAAUGCAGAGAACGACGCCAUUGUGUCCAAAUCGGCUAUGUAUAUUGUGCAACUUUAUUACCAGAUCUGCCGUAUUGACUGGGACUACUCCUGUGAGCCAACCAUAGUCAAAGGACUUCAUUAUGGGCCAGACAUUGCUCAGCCUAUCAAUCUUGACAGCAGCCAACACUCCCGCAGCUUCAUCUGCAACUAUCUGUGGAACCUUGUGAGCACAGCCUGGUGAAGGAGAGGACACUUGACGUGAAUGUACAGUGGCUAUACAGUGGCACCCUGUG